AUAUUCUUACGGUUGCACUGUGAAGGUAAUGUUUUGCAAAUAACGGGUGUUUUAAUGCGGAUGAUUUAGCUCAGCUGGGCUUGUUUCCAUAGAAACGUGUAGUGCUAACAGAUGCUAAGCUGAUUUAUACACAGCGCCGUGCUUUAUGAAACGACUGAUUAUGAAAGAUUUUUAAUGUUAUGGAAGCGACGUAGCUCAGCUGUUUGGACAUGAUGUGAAAUUAUUGCAGGUCAAGCACACCUUACUUAGCACCUUGUUUCACAAGGAGACCCCCUGUAGAGAAGAGCUGAUCACACCCCUGAGAAGCGAUGUCUCAGUUCUCCAGCGAGGAUGAGGCGGAGCUCCAGAGCCUGCUGCGAGAGCUCCUGAAAAGUGUCAAAGAUAGAAUCUCAGGAGCACCAUCAGUAGAAUGUGCGGAGGAGAUUUUGCUUCAUUUGGAGGAAACUGACAAGAACUUUCAUAACUAUGAAUUUGUGAAGUACCUGCGGGCAUAUGUAGAGAGCAGUUUAGGAACUGUUAUUGAAGAAGAGACUGAGAAUUUCACCAGGGGUGAUGGUCAUGCUAUUGGGCCGGGACAGGACACCCUGGUCCACGCUGUUACGAAGAGGACUAGGGAGUCCGCACAGUAUAAACAGAUGAUGCAGACUUUGAAACAGACCAUGAUGGUGGUUGUGGAAUCACUGAUCAAUAAAUUUGAGGAAGAUCAGCUGAAGAAAGAGGAAAUGGACAGGAAGAGCCAACAUGAGCAGUCAAGCAGUCAUUACACUGACAACUGCUCUGACAGUGACUCUUCAUUCAAUCAGAGCUAUGCAUUUAUCAAGCAUGAACAACUUCAAGUCAUCGCCGAGAAGCUUGACCCCGGUAGACCACGAGAGGUUCGCUUGGAAGCUUUGCAGUCUUUGUGCUAUGCCCCUCCCUCUGAUGUCCUGAGCUGUGAAAGCUGGACUGGCCUGCGCCGAAAUCUCUCUGCUGCACUCACUGACCCUGACCCUGAGCUCAGCGAUAAAGUCCUUCAGUUUUUUGCAAAAACAUUUUCCUCUUCUCCAUUAAAUGUGACUAAGGAUAUCUACAGUACCAUAGCUAAAAGCUUGGAGGCUCAUUUCCUCUACCAUAAGUUGAGUUUUCCCAGCGGCUCUACAAGUAUUGAUGCGAACAGACCAGAUAUGGCCCGUCUCCUCAAACAAAUGAGAUUAAUAAAUGACUUUCAGAAGGAGGUGACAACAUUUUGGAUACGCCAUCCUGAGAAGUACAUGGAGGAAAUCAUUGAGAACACCCUCUCUCUUCUCGCUCUGCAUUCUGAACAGGGCAUGAGCAGCCCCGGCUCAGAAAAAUCCCUAGAGCCUAUACACUUAAUCUCUCUGCUAGAUAUCAAAGCCACCUGGUUUAAGAAAUGGAUGCAUGGCUACUACAGCAGAACUGUUGUCUUAAGACUUCUGGAGAGGAAAUACAAGACUUUGAUUGUUAAUGCUCUGCAGCAGUGCAUUUAUUACUUCGAUUCCUGUGAUGCAGUUAGAGAAGAAACCUUGGAAAUUAUCCACAGCCUUGAACAUCAGCAGAUUGGCCCUGCUCGGAGAACUCUCUACACUUCUAAAGAGCUGGAGUUUGUUUACUUCAUUCACUCGCUGUGUGUGCUCGGGAGGCUUGUGAUGUACACUAAUGGAAGGAAACUUUUUCCCAUUAAAGUGAAGAAGCGGAGAGAUCCGGUAACUUUGACCGACUUGGUGGUGAUUCUGAUCAAUAUCAUGUACCAACACCCAAAACCAUCCUGCGGUGAGAUGACACAUGCAGACUCCCUGUCCCCCACUAAUCUUGUGAUGGAGGUGUUAAGGACCCUGUGUGACCGCACUGAGUGUGCUGUGGAGUGUCUCUACCAGGUCCCUGUCAUAGAAACUCUGCUGGCUCCUGUUAUCUCCCUGCUCAAAGGAAAGCUGCCCAAAUUAAAUUCCCUAGAAAGUGCCUUGACUCACAUAGCAGACACGCUGGCGAGGAUCGCUAGCACCGAACGAGGUUUAUCACUCCUGCUUUAUGACAGAAAUCUCGUCUCGGCCGAGGGUGAAAGUAUUUCAGCAGCACAUGUGGUGGUACAGUUUACCCAGAGGCUGCUGGCAAAAGAGCUGCAUGUGUUCAGCGAGCUGGAGAUUCCUCCUGGUGUGAGCGGGGCCUUCAUCUUUGUCUGUCGGCAGAUGUACAACACCUGCGAGGGGCUGCAAGUCCUACGGCCAUACAGCCUGCAUGAGUGCAUCGCUAAAGCCUGGAGAACGACAAGCUCCGUGUCGGAGAGAGUUCCCACUCCUGUUCCUGGAGCUCCCCCAGUGAUCACUUCCCAGGAGCUGCAGAGCGUGGUGGCCUGGGAAGAGAUGCUGUUGGACAAUCUGCUGAAUUUCGCUGCCACACCAAAAGGACUGCUGCUCCUCCAACAGACCGGAGCCAUCAAUGAGUGCGUCACCUACAUGUUCUCAAGAUUUACCAAAAAACUACAGGUCAGCAGGUGUGAGAAGUUUGGUUACGGUGUGAUGGUGACCCAGGUGGCCGCUACAGCCCCAGGCAUCACGGCCUUGCAAAGCUCAGGAUUUGUCCAGACGAUUGUGGUGGAGCUGUGGUCAGCCUUGGAAUGUGGUCGAGAGGAUGUAAGGGUGGUCCAUCCAAAAUCUACUCCAAUGGACCCUAUUGACAGGAGCUGCCUCAAGUCCUUCCUCUCUCUAGUCAAUCUGCUUUCUUCACCUCACGCUGUGUGGGAGCUGCUGGGACAUCAAGCGCUUCCUAAUAAGACCGAGUACAAUCUGAGAGAGAUGGCCACAGCAGUUAUAGACCUGAUGGACCGCCUCAUCAUUAUUAACUCUGACGCAAAGAUUCACUCCCUUUUCAACUAUGAGCAGUCCCACACGUUUGGCCUGAGGCUCUUGAGCGUGCUGUGCUGUAACCUGGAUUCUUUUCUUCUGCUGGAGUCUCAGUAUAACCUCUCUGAGUUACUGCUGCAGGGUCAGAGGGACAAUGUUACAGAGCCGCCCUCAGGUGAAGGGGAAUUCAUCAUUGAUGGACUGUCUGUGGAAAGAAACCAUAUCCUUGUUCGAAUCGGUACAGUUGGUGGCCCAUCUGAGAGGAGACUUCCUCCCAGAGCCCUGCAGAGAGGGAAUGACCCUUACCCAUGGCCAAUGGUGUCUACAUACCCCCUGCCUAAAUAUUACAUCCUCGACAUGCCCAAGACUCUACGCAAUAAACAGGAGUCAGAGAUCUGUGCUUUGUUGGCCUCGUCUAAAGAAACAGAGAGAGAUGCUAGCUGGAUGGAAGACUGCAGGAGACAGUUCUGCAAGAUCAUGGCUACAAAGUCAAACACCCUCACUGGAUACGUUCUUGCUGAUUUUUUGGAGAGGGUCGUGCUGCAUCUCUCGUCUUCAUCCACUGACUGCUUCUUUCCACCAGCAGAAUAUAAAGUGGUGGACCACAGUGUAAAGACUCGAAGCCUGUCGUCUGUGGAGCAGUUAGGUGUGGGGAUAUCCCUCAGGUAUGGCAAGUUCCUAAAGCUAUUGAGAGAAGAUUCAGAGCAGGAUCUGUGUCUUCUGCUCAAGCACUGUCAGGAGUUCCUCUCUCAACAACGAGUCAGUGUCACUUCUGAGCUCUCCUGUUUUCAGGGUGGAUAUCCUGGUCACGAUUGGUUUGCCGCCUCAGUUUUUCUGCUCAUGCAUGGCGACGUGGGUCGUUCUCUGAGUCUGCUCUUGCGUUUCUCCCGUCUGCUGCCGUCUGCCUUCCUGUGGCCCCCAAGACUGCACAGCUCUGUACAUCUCCCUAUAGAGAUCGCUCAGUCGGGCAUUCAUCCCAUCUACUCUUGCACUGCUCAUUAUGUCGAAAUGUUGCUCAAGGCCGAGGUUCCUCUGGUUUUUUCUGCCUUCAGGAUGUCUGGCUUCACUCCCUCUCAGAUCUGUAUUCAGUGGCUUGGCCAGUGCUUCUGGAACUACCUGGACUGGUCUGAGAUCUGUCAUUAUGUAGCCACAUGCGUCAUCAUGGGACCAGAUUACCAGGUGUACUUGUGCGUCUCUGCCCUCCGUCACCUGCAGCAGGAUAUUCUGCAGCACACACAGACACAGGACCUGCAGGUCUUUCUUAAGGAGGAGCCAAUCCACGGCUUCAGGGUGAGUAAUUACCUGGAGUACAUGGAGGGGCUGGAACGCAACUACAGAUCCAUGGUGCUCUCGGACAUGAGGAGCAUCUUACCAAGGAGCAGCUAGAAGCAAAUAGACCACCGAAGAUCAGCAGGGACUGAAAGUGCUUGUGGUACAGAAUAAUACUGAAAAUGUUGCAAUGAUUUUAUAACACAACAUGCUCUAUGUGAAGACAACACUGUUUUAUCAAACACAUUGUGAAUAUAUCCCACUUGCAUUUACUCCCUUUGAUAAAGUAUUCUCACUCAGGGAAUCAUAAAUAUAAGAACACAAACUCUUCGAAGCCAUAUUGCCACUCAGUGGGAUGCAUAAAGCAUAGUAAAUAAAUAAGUGCAGGAAAUCGGUCAAAAUUGAUGUGCGAAAAGGAUGAUAAAGCAAACCUUUCUACAUACCAUAAGCAUUAUCAAACUUCCCUCCACACCAAAAAAAAGUGUUACAUUUUGUUUUUGCUAAAUUAUUAUAUAUAUAUUAGGCUUAUAUGUGGGUGCAUAUAUAAUUUCACAUUUAUCCUUGUUCUAGUCUACUUUUCCUUUUAGCCUUUUGCGCCUAAAGUACAAUUUUCCUGCCCUAGGCUAAUUACUGGACUCAAAGAAUUUAAUGGUUUAUUAAUCCUUUCCACGAACAAACUUCUGACAGCAUAUGUAAUUUUGUAUCUACAGUCCUGCUUGUAACUUCAAUGUUGAUGUUGGAAUAUGACACAAUUGUGUCAAUGCUAUCAAUCACUGUAAAAUCUUUAGGAUGUAUAUGUAUUUCUUUUACCCAAGAACUCAGUGGGCUCACAUUGUAAAGUCGUAGUAGUAAUAGCAUUCGUAGAGGGCAGACACAUUUAGCUUUGUUCUGUAGUUUUCACUGGCAAAUUCCAGUCAUUUUAAUAAGAAUCCACAUGAUUGGUGUUUUACAUGUGGGCAAAUGUUGGUCACAUGAGUCCGCAAUCACCAACAAAAAGCUGCUUGACUUCUGUAUGAGCUGUGCUUCAUACAUUGAUUCAAUAGAUAACGCACUUUUUUGUCCCAAAUUUCAAUAAUGCUGACCCCAUGUAUAGGUGCACAAGUUGUUUUCCAGUCUCAGUCUGUUUUAUGACAUCAGUAAAUAAGGAAAAAAUCUAAGCUUUUGAUGCUUGAUUGCUGUCUUAAUAGACAAUCAAACAUGAAGUGAAUGUGAUAUGUAUAUAAUGACUUGACGCAGUGUUGUUGUGUAGUGUGUGUUGGAUUUUUUAUUUUUUUAAGUUAUAUAUUUACAUCUGCAGUCUCUUAUUCCCAUCCUAAGGAAGCUGUAUGAGGCGGUAUCACUUUGACAGGCCGUCAUUAGCACAUAGAUGCAAUCUCUUACCCUCGCCAUCUGUAACUCACACAGUGAAUAAGGAAUUAGAUCAUUAGAGAGGUGUCUUUCUCCUUCACAAGAACUGCUAAAUAUUGCAUACUGUUUACUCAGUAGGAGGCAGAAGCAGUUAUAAUUUUAAGUUGUAAAAAGUUCCCUCAGAGUGCAUAUUUUUUACUUACUUUCUCCAUUGCAUUACAUUUUUUUUUUAAGGAUCACCCGUAAACUAAUGUGUUUAUGCUCAGAUAAACAAAAAAAGAAUCUGUUGAUUUUCAUCUUUGUGUAAUCAUAACGAGCUGUGUGUUAAUCAGGUUAAUGAUUUAAUGACUGAUUGUUGGCCAACAAUCAUUUGGAAAGAUGUGUGUGUCUUGUGUUGGCUCGUUGUAAAUUGACAAUACAAGGCUUUUGUGACGUGGAUGUUAAUGAUGUAUCUGCAGACCAAAGUGGUAGGAUAAUUAGAAAAGGCUAAUUAUGGGUAAUUAAACUGAUUAACUGAUAA